AACUUUGUUGACGAACAUAUCGAAGUGAACGACACAGCAAAAAACAAGUUAAACAAAUUCAAAAUAUCCCGAUUGCAUUUUGACGAAAUAUUUUUUGUGAUGUAUUACAUAGUACGUAGAAAUUUAAGUAAAGAUUAACAAUGGAUUUUGCAAAAUUUUUAACGAGCGUCACAAAUAGACGUAGGUCAGGCAUGCUUCGUCAAUUGGCCAAAAAGUUUCUGGAAACUGAGAAUGGAAUAUCUCUGUCUAACGGAAUGCCAAAUACUGCGACGUUUCCUUUUGAAGAAAUUGCAGUGACAUAUAAAGACGGCACCAAAGUCAGAUUAGUAGGCGAUGAGUUAUCCUGGUCGCUUCAGUAUGGUCCCUCCCAAGGAUACCUACCGUUGCUGACAAAAAUGCGAGAGUUCCAAGAAUAUUGGCAUAAACCGAUACAAAAUAACUGGGACGUACUUUUCACGUCAGGAUCCAUGGAAGGAUGUAGUAAGGUUUUCGAAAUGACGUUGGAAGUUGGAGAUCCUGUUAUGGUUCAAGUGCCAACUUACGAUGGAAUUCUUAAUGCGCUUCGACCAUUUAUGCCGGAAUUUAUUGGAAUAACCCAAGAUGAGAACGGAAUACUACCAGCACAUAUAAUGCAAAUUUGCAAAGAAAGAUCUCUGAGUGGAAAAAAAAUGCCGAAGGUUUUGUACGUGAAUCCAACAGGAGCAAAUCCGACUGGAACAGUUCUGACUGAAUCCCGAAAGAAACAGAUUGUCGAAUUAGCUCAAACGUAUAACUUUUUGAUCCUCGAAGAUGAUCCUUACUAUUUCCUUCAUUUUCUUGAUAAGUCACCUCCAUCAUUUUUUGAGCUGGAUAAUUGUGGACGUGUAAUACGUUUAGACUCUUUUAGUAAAAUUCUCAGUGCCGGUUUGCGAUUAGGUGUUGUUACAGCACAUAAAGAAUUCAUUAAAAAAUUAACCAUGCAUAUGGAAACAACUAGUAUACAUCCCUCGUCUCUAUCACAGAUGCUGUUGUAUAAAUUGUUAGACUCAUGGGGCAUGCAAAAGCUACAGCUUCAUUUGAACGAUAUUCAAAAAUUUUAUCAUGAAAGACGCGAUAUUAUGUUAAAUUUAAUUGAGAAACAUCUAACAGGGUUAGUUGAAUGGUACGUUCCAAAUGCUGGAAUGUUUUGUUGGGUAAAAGUUAAUGGACUUGAAAAUGUGUCGGAUUUGGCGAUGAAGAAAUGUAUUAACGAAGGAAUAUUUCUUGUUCCUGGUCACGCAUGUAAUUAUGAUACCUUGAAACCAGAUCAACAUCUCAGACUUUGUUACAGUUUCGCGACCCCCGAACAAAUCGACAAGGCGCUGUCGAUUCUAGCAAAAUUAAUACGUGAAGAAACAGCGAAAAAUAAACAGAAGUAAUAGGUUUGUGACGUACCUACUGUAAUCAAACGCGCAAUAAAUAAAUUUGAAAAUAUAAAAGA